AUGAGAUGCGACGCCGACUGUAUCAUCUCCAAAGACUUGGUUGACAACAAACAGCUCCUCGACUUCUAUUUCAACUGGGUGUUCGCACAGGAGACAUUUGAUGUUAGGAAAGCCGCUAUGGGCGACGAUAUGAGUAUUAAACCACGGCAACGCCCUAUGAUCUAUAUCACGAAGCGUGAUCCCAGGGAGGAACAAGGGGCAAAUAGCAGCCUCCUCGAGUACAUUUUCGAUUUCAUCCACAUAGCUACACCAUUGUGUAAUGUUGAUAUCGAGAUAGCUGAACUGCAGGCGCAGCGGGAUGAGGAGGACCGGAUUUACAGGAAUUUUUAG